AAAAAAAUAAGGAAGUUAAAACUGAUAAAGAUCAGAAACGUGACCGAAGCUGUCAAAAUGUAAAAGUAAUUGUUCAGCACGUGCUGACCGUUCACGUAUAAUCUUAUAUCUGAAUGUUUAUCUCUCUCUCUAUAACGCCGACCACUUAGCUAGGAUUUUCAUCGAAAAUUUUACUCGGCAACUUGCAGUGUAACAUUCUGUUUAGCGACGAACAAUGGGGAAGAAAAAGCACAUCGAUGAACUUCAACCAGCCACAGUCGACGAGCAUUUCAAACUGCUCGUAGAAGACAGGACAACAAUCAGUCCCGAAUUCGUGAAAGUUACACCCGACGACUUACCAGAAUGGUACGACGAAAGAUUGUUCAAAUUAGGACAGGAGUAUUACAUGGACAACUUGCUAGGAUUCGGAACUGCACAUUUGGCAGGCCUAUUGGCCAUAUUGGCUGUUCCAGAUAUAUUGGAGAUGCUCCUAUUCACGAAGAAGAACAGCACGGUCUGCCUAGCGUACAGACGCUUCUCGGAGACGCUGUUACUCAUGUACCAGUUGCAUCGUGUCGACAUACUCGACCCGAAUUCAAAGUGGUUCAAGGCGUUGAACGUGAUUCGAUGGAAGCACGCGAACACCAGCAAGAGACGACUCCGGCAGGGUCUUCAUGGAAUAUACCAAAAGGACAUGGGUAUCACACAGUUCGGCUUCAUAGGAUACGUGUUGGUGUGCACACGGUUUAUGGGCUUGGAUCAUGGCACGCAGGAGCAGCGAAUGGGAUACAAUCAUUUUUGGCGCGUCAUGGGUCACCUGUUGGACAUUGACGAUCGGAUAAAUAUCUGUAGAAAAACGGUAUCAGAGACGACGGAGCUAUGUAGAAGGAUCGCGGACGAAAUAAUCGCGAAACACAUGGACAAUGCGGAUCCCGAUUUUCUGCAACUGGCGUCGAAUGCAAUAAAUGGCAUGUGGUAUGUGGAUGUCGGGAUAAACGAAACGGCUUUCCUCGAUAUCACGUACAAAAUGACAGGAUUGAAAUAUAAAAAGCCGCAUACGUGGUACUCUUAUUUGAAUGUAAAGCAACGAGAAUUUACGUUAUACUUGUGCAAUUUUCCUUACAUCGGAAAAGUGAUACGAGACAUUUUUAAUUACAUAUUAAUGACAUCUUACUGGAUGCUCGAGCACUACCCUAUAAUACCUACAAUAGCAUUCGGCAAAAAGAAUGCGCAGAUUUGUCCAUAUUCACAAAUGACAUAACAAAAACUCUGAAUUUAAUUUCAAAUUGUAGUUAUUUUAUUCUAAUUAAAUCAAGGUUAUCGAAACAAUCGAUAAAACGAAAGUGAACACGUGUAAAAUUUUCAAUUCAUUCGAAUUAUGAAUAUAUUACGAAUAAAAUUGCAUUAAUUAUU